GGGGGGUUGGGACUUCCGGCUGCCGGGGCGGCUGGUUUCAGACAGCGCGAGGUUCUGGAGGCACAUCACGCGAGCUGCCUCCCGCAUAGCUGCUGAGACAACGCCUGGACCGGUCCUACCCGCCUUCCCCCCCCCCUUUCCUUUCCUGCCGUGACCCCGCUCGCCGAUUCCGCUCGCCGCCAUGGCCAUGCGCCGCCGCCUCGCUCUGCUCCCGGGUCUGGCGCUGCUGCUAGCAGCGGCCUUCCCGGCCUCUGACGCCACCUCCGAUGUGCUGGAGCUCACGGACGACAACUUCGAGCGGCGCGUGGCCGAUACGGGCAGUGCCGGCCUGAUGCUGGUGGAGUUCUUCGCACCCUGGUGUGGACAUUGUAAGAGGCUUGCCCCAGAAUAUGAAGCUGCAGCAACCAGGUUAAAAGGAAUAGUUCCUUUGGCAAAGGUUGACUGUACUGCUAACUCAAAUACCUGUAAUAAAUAUGGAGUUAGUGGCUAUCCCACCCUGAAAAUAUUUAGAAAUGGUGAAGAGUCAGGUGCUUAUGAUGGCCCUCGGACAGCUGAUGGAAUUGUAAGUCAUCUGAAGAAGCAGGCAGGACCUGCCUCACUUCCUCUUAUGAGUGCAGAAGAUUUUGAGAAGUUCAUUAGUGACAAAACUGCUUCUGUGGUGGGUUUCUUUGGUGACUUACUCAGUGACUCUCACUCAGAAUUCCUAAAAGCUGCUUCAAACUUGAGAGAAAACUAUCGCUUUGCACAUACUAAUGUCGAUGCUCUGGUGAGGAAGUAUGAUCCUGAUGGAGAGGGUAUCACUUUGUUCCGGCCUCCACAUCUGGCUAACAAAUUUGAGGAAAACACUGUACAAUACACAGAGGAAAAGAUAACCAGUGGCAAAAUUAAAAAAUUUAUCCAGGAAAACAUCUUUGGUAUUUGCCCUCACAUGACGGAAGACAACAAAGAUCUACUCCAGGGCAAGGAUCUACUCGUGGCUUACUAUGAUGUGGAUUAUGAAAUGAACGCUAAGGGAUCCAACUACUGGAGAAACAGAGUAAUGAUGGUGGCAAAGAAAUUCCUGGAAGCUGGGCAGAGACUCAACUUUGCUGUGGCUAGUCGUAAAACUUUUAGCCAUGAACUUUCUGAGUUUGGCUUGGAAAGAACCUUUGGAGAGAUACCUGUUGUUGCUAUCAAAACUGCAAAAGGAGAAAAAUAUGUUAUGCAAGAAGAGUUCUCCCGUGAUGGGAAGGCCCUUGAGCGAUUCCUGCAGAAUUACUUUGAUGGCAACCUGAGGAGAUACUUAAAGUCUGAACCUAUCCCAGAGACUAAUGAUGGACCUGUGAAGAUUGUGGUAGCUGAGAACUUUGAUGAAAUUGUGAAUACUGAUAAAGAUGUUCUAAUAGAAUUUUAUGCCCCUUGGUGUGGUCACUGCAAAAAUCUGGAGCCCAAGUACAAAGAGUUGGGAGAAAAGCUCAGCAAAGAUCCCAAUAUUGUCAUAGCAAAGAUGGAUGCAACUGCCAAUGAUGUGCCUUCUCCAUAUGAAGUCAGAGGCUUCCCUACCAUCUACUUCUCUCCAGCCAAUAGUAAACAGAAUCCACGGAAAUAUGAAGGUGGCCGUGAAGUUAGUGACUUUAUUAACUACCUACAAAGAGAAGCUACAAAUCCUCCUGUGAUCCAAGAGGAAAAAUCCAAAAAGAAGAAGGCAGAGGAAGAUCUCUAAAGUAGCAGCCAAAAACAGACCACUUUGUAUAAGGACUCUUUUACCAGUGAUGGGGUAGCCAGUGAUUGCCCUAGGAUGAGUGGACAGCGUGGAUGCCGUUUGAAUCCUGUUUAAUUUUCUCUAAGCUGUUUCUUUAGGUGCACUGUUAAUGGAAACACCAGGACCAGUUGAUAUUUGUUUGUGGUUUGGGGGUAUGGAGGGUGGGGGGAGGAUUAUUUGUGUUGGGGGAGUAUGGAGGGGAUAGGGAGUUCAGUUGGGGGUUAUUUUCUAAUUUUUUUUGUACAUUUGGAACAGUGACAAUAAAUGAACCCCCUUUAAACAAAGUUCUUGGGGAUGGGGGGAAAUGGAGAGGUACUAUUGCCAGUUAGAUUAAAGCAUUACCCCAUACCAGAAAACUAAUCUGAUGUAAAGCCAGAUUUGUCCCUGAGUUUACAGACACUUUUCUGGUGAUUAUUCAUAGAUUCUUCCUAGCCCUUCUUAGGCCCUAUGGGUAGGUUGUUAUUUAUCCUUGUUAGACACCUGAGACCAUUGCUUGUUUAUACCUCCCUAGGGCUGCUGUUAGCCCUGGAAUAUUCUGCUAUUGCAGUUCCUGAGUUUGGGUGUGGCUUGAGUUUGGGGUUUAUUCCAGACUGUUACUGGAACUGCUGACACUAAUAUGGGUGCAGUUCUAUGCAUUCUACAGCCUGGGGUGUGGCACAGUAACCUCUUUUAUUUGUUAGAAUUGGUGAUGGUCAUAAUAUUCUCAGGGCAUCCCUUUUCCUCUUGCCAUAUUGCUUUAUAAAAAAAAGCAUGUACCUAAAUGAUAACAUUUAAUUUGCUAUGGAUAAUAUGCAAGUUUAUUAUAUUGGUGUUUUUAUGGGUAAGACCUAAGAUGCCCCUUCCUUGGCACAGUUUUCAUAUCACUCAAAAAUGAUAGCUAGAGACUCUGACUUGAAGAAUGUCAUUAUUCUUAGAAAGGGGACUGGCUUCUUCAGGAACCUAGUUUUGUUUGAGUUAAGUAGAUGGCAAAUGUUAUACCCCUCCUCAAACACCUGUUACCCCUUCAAAAUAUUUGACAACAGAUCAAUUUGUACAGACCACA